AUGCGUCGGUGUUCCGGUCCCUGCAGCGGGGUCUCUGCGGGCGGUGUAGCUGCUGGGGGGGUCUCUGCUGGCGGUGUAGCUGUUGGCGGGGUCUCUGCGGGCGGGGGUCUCUGCUGGCGGGGGUCUCUGCUGGCGGGGUCUCUGCUGGCGGGGUUUCUGCUGGCGGGGUCUCUGCUGGCGGGGUCUCUGCUGGCGGGGUCUUUGCUGGCGGGGGUCUCUGCUGGCGGGGUCUCUGCUGGCGGGGUCUCUGUUGGCGGGGGUCUCUGCUGGCGGGGUCUCUGCUGGCGUUGGUCUCUGUUGGCGUUGGUCUCUGCUGGCGGGGUCUCUGCUGGCGGGGGUCUCUGCUGGCGAGGUCUCUGCUGGCGGGGUCUCUGCUGGCGGGUUCUCUACUGGCGGGGUCUCUGCUGGCGGGGGUCGCUACUGGCGGGGGUCUCUGCUGGCGGGGUCUCUGCUGGCAGGGUCUCCGCUGGCGUUGGUCUCUGUUGGCGUUGGUCUCGGCUGGCGGGGUCUCUGCUGGCGGGGGUCUGUGCUGGCGGGGUCUCUGCUGGCGGGGGUCUCUGCUGGCGGUGUCGCUGCUGGCGGCUGGCGCUGGUGCUGGUGCCAGGUGUCGGUGCUGGUGCUGAUGCUGGUGGACGUCCCGCCGUCACCCCUUUCCCCCUUUUCGCCUCCCCCCCACAGCGCUCCGCCGCCACUCCCUUCCCCUCCUCCCUCUCCCCCCAAAGCGACCGCCGCUGCACCUGCGAACAGUCGCGACGGAGGGUGAUCACAGGCAGGGGGCGGAGGGAAUGCGACGGGCAGAGCGGCGGCGGGCGAAGAAGUGGCUGGGGCGACGGGAAGCAGGGCGACAGGCGACGGUGCAGGUGA